GUACAAACACUUUUUCCUUACAGUUAAAGCAAAAGCACCAGCUCAAACAGCUUCUUUGGAAAAAACCCUGAGAACUCAUCAUCUCUUCCAAAGGUCUGCGGAUACCUAAGCCCUGGAGCCUCCUGAUACUGACAUGGCUCACUUGCAGAACAGGAGUCUGAGGAUUGUUCUGGUAGGGAAAACAGGAAAUGGGAAGAGCGCAACAGCAAACACCAUCCUUGGGAGAAAAGAAUUUGAAUCUAGAAUUGCUGCUCACGCUGUUACCAAAAAUUGUCAAAGAGCAUCCCGGGAAUGGAAGGGGAAGAAUCUUCUUGUUGUUGACACCCCGGGGCUCUUCGACACCAAGGAGACCCUGGAAACCACCUGCAAGGAAAUCAGCCGUUGUGUCCUCUACUCCUGCCCCGGGCCCCACGCCAUCCUCCUGGUUCUGCAGCUGGGCCGCUAUACAGAUGAAGAGCAGAAGACCGUGGCAUUGAUCAAGGCUCUCUUUGGGAAGCCAGCCUUGAGGCACAUGAUCAUUUUGUUCACUCGCAAAGAUGACUUGGAGGGUCAGAGCCUAAGUGACUAUAUAGCAGACGCAGAUGUGACCCUCAGGAGCAUCAUCCAGGAAUGUGGGAACCGCUGCUGUGCCUUCAACAACAGAGCCACGGAAGCCGAGAAGGAAGCCCAAGUGCAGGAGCUGUUGGGGCUGAUAGAUGAGAUGGUGUGGAGCAAAGUCGGGGCUUACUUUUCUGAUGACAUUUACAAGGAUACAGAGGAAAAGCUGAAUCAAAAGGCAGAAGUCCUGAAGAAAAUCUACACUGAUGAAUUAAAGAAUGAAAUUAAACUAGUAGAAAGAGAAUAUGCUCAUAAAUCACAGCAAGAACGAGAGGCAAAAAUAAAAGCGCUGAAGAUGAAGUAUGAUGAAAAAAUAAAAAAUCUAAGGGAAGAAGCUGAGCAGGGUAUAUUUGCAGAGGUUUUAAAUGGGAUUAUGAAGGUGCUUUCAAAAAUAUGGCAUGUAUUUUGGUAGUCAUGUCAAUUUCACUUUUGCUCCUGAAUUUACUGUGAUUUGUAAUAGCGGUAGACUGUAUUUUCCAAAGAUGGCUUUGACAAUAUAUUCUAUCCUACUUAUUCUUCUUACAAUCUGACUUCAUGACUUCUCCCACUAAGUUGCGGGGUCUAUGUCGCCUACUUUGGAAUUGGAUGGACUUUGUGACUGUUUUGAUAAAUUACAGAUGGUUGAAGCAACCCCUUGGGACUCUAAGGCUAGACACGGAAAAUGCCCCCUGCCCCGCUGGGGUGCUUGCCCUUGGAAAUGGGCCAUCAUGGUGUGAGAAAGGCCAUGUUGCCCAUUGAGAGGCUCCCAGCUUGGCGUCGCUGGCCAGCUCCCCUUUUAUCUUCUUCUAUCUUUUAUCUUCCAGCUGGACCAACUUGCUAGCCAUACAAGCAAGGUGACAUGGAAGCAGGUUCUCCACCUGCCCCACCACCUCAGACAGAGUUGCCAAGAGCAAAGAUGAGCAAUCCCCACUGAGUCCUGCCCAAGUUGCAGAUUGAUGAGAAAAAAAUAAAUGGUGGUUGCUGUUUUAAGCCACCGAACUUCAGAAUGGUUUGUUCUGCAGUGACAGCUAACCAGAAUGAAACCUCUUCCCAGCUUGGUCCCCACCACCGCCCAUUCCCCGCCGUCCCUCUUCACAGUGCCGACAAACGUAAGAAGUUACAAAAUUGGCAUCCUCAGGCAAUGAGAUAUAGACUUGAAGGACUCAGUUUAGGAAAAUUCAAAUCGAAAUCCCGCAUACGUUACGUGUGCACGCCCCUCGGGGCAUGUGCUGCUGCAGGGCUGGUCUAUGAGUAAUUUGUUAGUGAAGCAUCGGGUUUCUCUGGAAAGCUGCUUCUGUCGUUCACGGAGAUCUAGAAGUUGGUAGAUUCUCUUAAUGCUUUUCUCUCUUUUCUUUUUUAGGUCCCAUCCUAACUGAAAAUGUGUCUGACUGUAACUAAAAAUCUCUUCUGUGCCAAAUAUUUUUCACUGGCCUCUGCAGACCCACACUUCCGCCUUCUUCACCCUAGCUCUCUGCCCCAGGAGGCCGAUCUCAAUGGACUACAUUGGUGGGAUCUCCUGCUCUCUGACUUCUGCUUGGCCUGGCCAAUGGGAAGUCCAAGUAGGAGACCCCAGGGGAGUAGAAAAGCAAGGCUGGGUCUUCGUUCUCCUGCCUCUCUCCCUGCAGGGCCAUCUCUGAUCAGCCACAACCCUAAGCCAAUGGCGAGAGCUCCUCCCAAGACAGCCUCUCUACCCAACUCACCUUCUGGGUUCCAGUCUUUGUUCACCCCCUUAGGGUUGGGAUAUCAUCUUCUCACCAUUACUAGCACUCCCCCUUGUCGUUUCCAAAGCCCUGUAUCCACAGUUUGUAGGAAGUCCCUUCUCUAGAACUCCCCGCGGGACCUGAUGAGAGUAAGCCAUCUUUUUGCUGCUAGAAUUCUGAUUGAUAAAUCUUAGGAGUCUCACUUUUCUUUCAGAGCAUUCCCUGAUCUUUAUGGCUGUUGUUGGUUUGAAAUUCCCUCUAGUCUUUUCUGCCACCAGAAAAAUCGCUUCCUUCCCCUUCCGAGCUGUGACAUGGGCAGUGAGUAUUUGAAAGGUUGUGUCUUGCUAAAAGAAUUGAGAAAGUUCGAAGUUGGAGGGGUGACUUUCUAUCAUUUACAGUGAUGGCAGACAUCCCAAAUUCAAAUCAUCAGAAUUUUUUUUUAAAGAUUUUAUUUAUUUGAGAAAGUGAGAGCCAGAGAGCAGAAGUGGGGUGAGAGAGCACGAGCAAGGUGAAGGGCAGAGGGAGACGUAGACUCUCCACUGAGCAGGGAGCCCCAUGUGGGGCUCGAUCCUGGGACUCCAGGAUCAUGACCUGAGCUGAAGGCAGAUGCUUAACGACUGAGCCACCCAGUCGCCCCCAAAUCAUUGGAAUUUUUACAGUCGUCUUUGUUUUGACUAUGAACACGACUAAGAGUAUCUACUGUAUCAAUGAAGUUUAGGGAGACGGAUUAGAGAUUAAGUCUGGAAAAAAUAAGAUCCUAAAUCUCUGCUCAUCACAAGUAUUAAGAAUGGAGUAAAAAUGACACGGAAGAAAAAAAACUCUCAUAAGCAAACAUAUUCAUAACAUAUGUCAAAUAACACCGCUGGACCAAACUGCUCUUUGCCUUCAUGCAAUUCUUAUAUUCAAAAAUACUUCCUUGUGAGCGACUCAUCUGUGCAGUAGUAUUUAUGCCGUGUCCUGAUGUUUUUUCAUUUAAAAACCAUUUAAAAGGCAUUUUCCCUCAGAGAUGUGCAGAAGCAUUAUGAAUUCAAUUAACCUGUGUUAAGGCCUAUUGAACAUGCAACUUCUGUGAGCUGAUUUCUUUUCUCUCAGCCUUAUAUUCUAUUUUGGAAGGUAAGACAUACCUAGAAGAAAAAAGGAGUAAAUCAAAUAAAUCAUUAUCUUUUUACUUGACAAAUGAAAUAUCGCUCACUCAUCUUAACCUAUUUUAUAACCGAGUUUUCUCUGAGUGCUGAGGACUCUGGAAGUUCCAGCCUUUAAUGUGUGCAUGAUCCCCGUUAUUGAAACAUGUGCUAGCCAUGAUCCAUAAUGCCGAAUUUAAACUAGGAUUUAUAGAGGAAGACCUGAGGAAGAAUUCAGGGCUUGACGUCUACUGUGAAGGAUGUGUGGGAUGCGUCCACGUGGGUGAUGGGUCCGACGACCAUGCUUCUUUCCAGAAAUAGGAAACUUAAGGGUGACAAGUAAGGUUGUCAGGGGAAGGGUAGAGUCAGGAGCAAUAGCGUUCAGUUAGGUUUGUGCCAAGUUGAAUAUCAGUUGUCAAAGGUAGGGUCCAAUGUAAAUGAUCUGCAUUAACUUGAAAUUUGGGUCUGAAGAUUAUGUGAAAGGCUUGGGGUGAAUGGGGCAGGAUAGUAAUAUAAAUAUCUCCCUCAAUUGCAGCUGAGUCUUCAAUAAUUGCCAAUAUCCCCACAGUCCAAAGCUAGAUGCUAGAAGAUCCGUACAGGACUUGCAAAGGAAGGAGCAAGAACCAGUUUUGUGAGGUUUAGUUCUUCAACUAAUUUGAUAGGUAUUUGAAGGGGUCAAGAGGAAAAGUUUUUGUUUUUUGUUUUUUUUUAAGAUUUACUUAAUUGAGAGAGAGAGAGAAGGUGAGUGGUGCACAAGUUGGGGGAGGGGCACAGGGAGAGGGAGAAUCCUGAAGCAGUCCCUGCCGAGCAGGGAGCCCGACUUGGGGCUUGAUCCCAAGACCCUGAGAUCAUGACCUGAGCCAAAAUCAAGAGUCAGACACUCAACUGACUGAAUCAUCCAGGUGCCCCAGAUUUUUUUUUUUAAGUUUUAAAAAACAGAAAGAGAGAGUGUCUAUGGUCUACAAUUUCUAUUAAUCCCUUUUCUACAAUGAUUAGCCUAUGUCCAGUUGGCCGUCUUGAAUUUGAAAUCCCUGAUCUCUUGUUAAAUAGAAAUAAAAUAUGGUAAGAAUGUGCAAACGACUUUUACAUAUUUAUAUUCACACACCAUCAUUUGUGGCCGUUCACAACUUGUAAAAAGAAAUUCUAAUUCCAAGUACAAAUUGUUACUACUUCAAAUAAGCAAUAAUAAAAUGAAUAAAAAAUCAACCUCCGAAGUUUUCUGUAAGCAGUCUGGGCUUUUAAAGCUCCACCGUCAGGACUCUGAAGGUCAGAGUCAGGCAGGACAGCCUGCCCUGGCCAUUUCCCUCAGCUCAGGUCAGAGCUGGGACGGUCCUUCAUUAGGCGUCUGUGGCAGGGCUGGGUAGCGGGCAUGCACCUUGCACCUUAACCUCGUACGUAUCCUGUGAAGUGCCCGCAACUCCAUGAGGCGGGUGAGAUAAGAACGGAGCAGGAUAUGGUUGUGGGGAAGACAGGAAAGAAGUGCGGUCGUGCACAGGUAAAUUUACAACAAAUUUGUGUUCUUGGGAGAAGUUCU